UGAUGAGACAUUACGUAAAUCAAUUCAUAAUAUGAUAAUAUCACAUCAUAAUGAUGAUCAGAAUGGUAAUGAUGUUCGACAAAAACAAAACUUUAAUGAUGAUGAUGGAAUAUUAGAAGCAAAAAUCGAUGAUUUAGAACGUCAUAAUAGAACGUUUUGUAUACGUUUACUAGGUAUAAGUGAAGAAGCCAAAGAAGAUACAACAUUGAAAAUCGUUAGUAUUAUUAAUAACAAUCUGGACAUGUCAAUAACAACAAAUGAUAUAGAAAAUAGUCAUCAUAUAGGUAAACGGAUUAAUGAUAAAAAUCGUCCUAUUAUUGCACGUCUAUACAGCCGCUCAUUACGAUUACAAACAUUACGUUCAGCUUAUAAACCACAAGGUAAAAAUUGA